CCACCACGUGUUUAGCGGUAAUUUGGCGCUACUGUAGAGCCCAAAAAUGGCACUAGUUCAUCGUAUUAAUAGUAAUUUUGGUUUUGUAUUAAAUACAUUAUAUUGUAAAUCUAUAAUAAAUAUAAAGAGAUUUGUAACAGAACACAAUGUUGUGGGAUGUUCCGAUAAAACUGGUACAAAUAAACUUAAAGAUUAUAAACCAUUUAACGAAAUACUUCAAUUCAGACAGAAUGAAGCAAAAAAAUCUAUUUUAAUAAGGCUAUAUGAUAUGAGAUGUAUUAGUGAUCUUGAAAGUUUUUGUAAAUCUUAUGCGACUAUUGUAAACAUUUUUCCUUAUCGUACAUCAAAUGAAAACAAUUUUGUAUUAAUGGAAUUGAAUUCAGCUGAAGAUGUGAAAAAAUUUCAAAAUAUAGCUAUCUCUAAAGCAAAUACAGAAUAUGCUCAAGGUGUGACACCAUUAUUUUCAUUUAAAUCACGGAAUAAAUUACAUUUAAAUAAAUCAGAACACGAUAUUAGAACAUAUCCUAACUUUCAAGCUCCAAAGCCAAAUGAUAUCAAAAAAUUACUGGAAGAAGUAGAUUCUGUGUCAGAUCAAAUGAUAUCCCUAUACAAUAUUUCAAAAAUUACAGAUUUAGACAUAAGAUUGAGAUUUUAUACCGCCGAUCAGAUUUCAUAUUAUUUAUCUAGGUUAUUUACCAAUAUAGAUGUGGUACCAUUUGGAUCCUCUGUUAAUGGAUUUGGUCAAGUGGGAUGUGAUCUUGAUUUACUAUGUAAAAUUGUUACGAACACUGAUCAAAACUUUAACUUGAAAAAGCUCGUUUUUAUAUCACAAGAUAUCUCUCUUGCAGAAAGGAAUGAACAAAAAGAAUUCUUAGAUAUAAUAGGUACAACAAUGAAAAUAUUUAUUCCUGGAAUCACUAAUGUAAAAAAGAUUCUUGAAGCACGGGUCCCUAUAAUUAAAUUUUAUAACAUAAAUACAAAUAUGAAAUGUGAUCUUAGUGGCACAAACACGGUUGCAUUACAAAUGUCCGAGUUGUUAUAUGUGUAUGGACAAUUGGAUUGGCGCAUUAGGCCACUUGUUUGCACCAUUCGUAAGUGGGCAAGAGCUAUGGAUUUGACAAAGGAAUAUCCAGGUCAAUGGAUAACAAAUUUUUCCCUUACUUUGUUAAUUAUAUUUUAUUUACAAAGGAAAGAUAUAUUACCAUCUGUGAACACUAUAAACUGCUUUGUAGAACUCAGUAGGAAUAACAAAAAAGUAGUAGACCCUAAUUUUAAUUGGUUUAUAAGUUGGGUAAGAUCCAUAAAGCGUAUCAAUAAUGAAAGUUUGCGCGAUCUUUUAUUUAAUUUUUUUGAAUAUUAUAGUACUUUCGAUUUUAAAACGCAAGCAAUUUGUAUAAGAGAUGGAAGAUACAAACCGAAAAAUGAUUUCUCGCCUCUUUAUAUUCAUAAUCCAUUUAAUACAGCAUUAAAUGUCAGUAAAAACGUUAACAUAAAUGAACUAAUGCGUUUGGUAAAUUCCUUUCAAAAAGCAUUUAAUAUGAUGUUAGAUUCAGAUGAAAGAGACACUCUUUGUAAACUAAUUAAUUUAGGACCAAGAACAAAAACUAAUUAUAGUUUUAACAAUCAAAAAACAGAGAUAGGACUUGAGGAAAAGCUCCUUCCAACCGUAACUAAUAUUAAUGGUUUGGAAGAAAUGCAAAGGAAUAUAAUAAAGUAAUAAUAAAUAUGACAUUUCAUUUUAAAUUAA